AUGGUCGGUGAUCUUAUCGAAUCGGGUGAGCGCCUUAACGUCAAGCUGCGCCGCCUCCUCAAGCGUUGUGAAGGCCCCAAGGGCAAGCUUUGCACUAAUGCCGGUGCCAGGUUUGUCGACAUAUUUCUGGGGCGCGACUACGAGCUGGGCAAUACGGAAAAGUUCAUGUCCUCUGUCCGCAUUUGGAACCUCAGGCUCGAUGCCAACUGCAAAUAG